UCAAGCCUGUUGAUCCUUUAAGCCUCCGUUUACAAUGGAGCACAUAAUUGUGUGUGCUUCAACUCCGCAUUUCCUUCUUCUUCCUGCUGUUUCCAGCUUUCAACUUCUCCCUCUUCCCUUUUCACUUUUAAUAGCGCAAGUCUUCCCCAGAAUCUAGAGCUGAAACAGUAGGCUUUGAUUUUCUCAGUGAGGAAUCCAUUAUUUGGGUCAGAUUUUGCGAGUUUUCAUUUUCUUCUGGAGUUCGACAUUCCGGAUUUGCACAGCCUUAGAUUCACUACCUGGGUAUGUUUCAUCUUUUACUUGCACUCAACGUAUUUAAGUCCUCGACAGCUACUGGUUCGAUCUGUUUACACUAUUCAAAGAGUGCGAAGUUAUAAUUGCUGGGAAAUGUUUUGAAUUUCCGUUUUGAUAGGGGAAUGUUUAGAGUAAUGUCUUCGUAUAGAAAAGGUAGAAUCAAAGAUGCUGCUUUUCGACGGUUGCUAUCUCUGAUUCUUAUAACUGUAUUAGGGUUACUAUUAUUGUUCUUAUUGCUACUUAGGACCAAAACAAUUGGCGCUAUUAUCACCAGCUAUAGAAACGAGGGUUUCGAAAAUUUCGAAAUUAAGGACUUUGAGACAGACCCCAAAAAGAAAUCAAAGUUGAAUCUUCCCAAACAAAACAAAUUGUCGAUCUCAUUGGAUUUGAGAAACCAGUUGCCCCCCAAAAACAUUGAUUUGUACCCUAAGCUAGCAAAGGAUCAUAUAGUGAUUGUUCUGUAUGUUCAUAAUCGACCCAAGUAUCUACAAGUCGUAGUUGACAGCCUUUCCCGAGUUUCAGGGAUCAGUGAAACCCUACUGAUUGUAAGUCAUGAUGGGUACUUUGAUGAGAUGAACAAGAUUGUGGAAGGGAUCAAUUUCUGCCAAGUCAAACAAAUAUUCUCCCCAUACUCCCCUCAUAUAUUUAAUGACAGUUUUCCUGCAACAUCACCACGAGAUUGUAAGGAUAAAGAUGACCCAGCUGAGAAGAACUGUGAAGGGAAUCCUGACCAGUACGGAAAUCACAGGUCACCAAGGAUUGUGUCUUUGAAGCAUCAUUGGUGGUGGAUGAUGAACACUGUUUGGGAUGGACUAAAAGAAACCCACAAUCACGCGGGCCAUGUUCUCUUCAUAGAAGAGGACCAUUUCAUUUUCCCGAACGCGUACCGGAAUUUGCAACUCCUUGCAAAACUAAAAGCCUUGAAGUGUCCAGAAUGUUAUGCAGUGAAUCUAGCGCCAUUGGACGUGAAGUCAAGGGGGGAGGGAUGGGAGAUUUUAGUAGCUGAGCGGAUGGGAAAUGUGGGGUAUGCUUUUAACCGAACCGUUUGGAAAAAAAUACACGAAAAGGCGGGAAAGUUUUGUAUGUUUGAUGAUUACAAUUGGGACAUAACAAUGUGGACUGUGGUUUACCCUUCAUUUGGUCAACCAGUUUACACAUUGCGUGGACCCAAGGCGAGUGCUGCUCAUUUCGGGAGAUGUGGGUUGCAUCAAGGGGCAGAUAAUGGUGCCUGUAUAGAUGAUGGUUCAGUGACGUUUGAUCUUCAAGAAGAUGAUAAGAUAGUGAACAUAAAAUCGGAUUGGGGAGUGCACUUGCACGCACACCAAACGGGGUAUCAGGCUGGAUUUAAAGGUUGGGGAGGAUGGGGAGAUAGACGGGAUCGUCAAUUGUGUUUGGAGUUUGCUGUGAUGUAUGCUUGAGGUUUGUUUUUGUUUCUUUUUUUCUAAUCACUUACUUACAUAUAUGGGAACACGUGAGGAUAUAAACUUAAGGGAAGAUGUCUCAUUGUCUUGGUUCUUUUACAUGUUUUGUCAAGAUACCAUGAACAAUCAUAGUUGCUAUAGUACUACCUCCGUCCCUUAAAACUUUGCCAAAGUUGACCGGCACGGAGAAUAACAAAGUAAAAACCGUGUGGUUGAAGUUUGUGCAGAGGAGAGAGAAAUAACAGAAACCACAAAAAAAUUGAUUAAAAGGGAAAGUGGUAAAGUUUUUUGGGACGUCCAAAAAAGGAAAGAUGACAAAGUUUUAAGGGACGGAGGGAGUAUUUUUCUAAACCUAGUUUUCUUUAAAUCUUUCAUUUUCUUUACAUAGCAGUUUUCCAAAUGUUUGUCACUUUGUUGAUUUUUGUGUGCUUAGGCUUCACUUAUAAAUCACUGUCAUUCAAUUGUUUUAUUUAAGUCUUAUUCCGUGAGUUUAUCAAACCAUGUUUGGAUAUAUAUAUAUAUAUACGAAGUGUAUAUAUAUAUAUAUAUAUAUAUAGAGAGAGAGAGAGAGAGAGAGAGAGAGAGGAUGGUUCAAAUACAAAGACCUCUUCCCAUGCAAAGUGAGAAUGAAUCUUGUGCCUUCAUUUCCACAUCUAAUGGUUCAAAAUGAGUCAAAAAUGCACAAAAUUCGACCAAAAUCACGGUGGCAAUUUCGUAAAUAUGUUGCACUUUUUCGUAACCACGAAAAAGUGCAACAAAAACAUGCAAAAGUGCAAGCGAAACAUGCAAAAGUGCAUAUCUUCGCACUUUGCACGGGAAGAUGUCUUUUUAUUUGAACUCUUCCCUAUAUAUAUAUAUAUAUAUAUGAGUAGUCUCAAGGUCAGGAAAUUCAUGACUGGAGCCUGUCUCACCACCUCAUUUUGAGGUGGUUCCCGGUGAAUUUUUUUGCUCAAAUUUUGUGAGCAUGUUCCUCAUAAAGUAUAGAUGAUGUCAACCAAAUUUCAGCAAAAUUUCAAUCAGGAAGGCAGUCAAAUGACUUUUUGAAGAUAACUGCGCCAAAAUAUACAUAUAAAACACAGUUAUUUUCAAAAAUUUAUUAGAAUGCCUUCCUGAUUGAAUUGUUUUCUGAAAUUUGGUGGAUAUCAUCGACACUUUCCCUUUCCCUAGGCAGGGUGAAACGUAGGACUGAACUUGAUGGACUUUUUCUCAAAAAGCAAUGAAUUGCUUUUAUAGAAGGCAAGAGAUUCUCUUAUGUCUCAAUCUUUGUACGUUUAUGCUGCUGCAAACUUCAUGGGGAACAUGCUACAAAUUUUCAGCAAAAAAUAUCGCCAGGAAGCACCUCAAAACAAGGUGGCCGGACGGCGCUCGGGUCAGCCUGGCUGGCAGGCUGGACGCUUGAGCUCCCUCCUGCUGGACUGGACGGUGGGCUUCCCGCUAGGCUGGAGGAAGGCUUUUGACCGGGCUGGAGGCAGACUCCCGGGUAGGUUUGAAGGCAGGCUCCCGGGUAGGCUGGAAGGCAGGCCCCCCGUUGGGCUGGAGGCAGGCUCCCACCUGGGCUGGACCGCAGGCUCCCAGCUGGGCUGGUGGUCGGUAGGCUCCUGGCUAGGCUGGAAGGCAGGCUCCCCACUGGGCUGGAAGACAGGCUCCCCACUGGACUGGAAGGCAGGCUCCCCACUGGGCUGGAAGGCAGGCUCCCCGCUGGGCUGGUCGACAGGCUCUCUUGGGCUUCCGCUCCUUGAUUGCCCUGAUUGGUUGGGCCGACUCGAGCUCUGGGUUGCUGGGCUUGGGCCUGCUGGUCCAAGUUCGGGGCCUGGGCCGAUUAGGCUCUGGGCCUGGUCCCAUAACCCCAUCACGAGUCCCCCACUCCCUUAGUCGAGUAGUAGACUCGGGUAAGAGGGAGUAGUUCAGGUCAGCUGUCCAUUAAAAAAUAUUCACAUAUCAGGGAGCCAUAAUUGUGGAUUAUGUGAAUUCCGGAGUUUAUGGAAAUUCCCAAAUUAAAUCAGGCUCCCAAAAAAGGCUCCAAAUAAAUUCCUACCUUUUCUUUUCUUUUCUUUUUUUUUUUGCUUUUCCUUUCUUUUCUUUUCUUCCUUUCUUUUCUUUUCUUUCCUUUUCUUUUUCUUUCCUUUCUUUUCUUCUUCCUCUCUCUCCUGGAACCCUGCGUGCGUGCGUCUUCUCCUAGCCGUCCCAGCGCCGCAACGUAGUAAACCCAACGUGGACCGCCGUAUGUGGCCUUGACCUCCCUGCCUCGCCGGGCUCUCCACCAGCCGGCGGUUUUUCCGUGGCGGCCGACGGUGACAGGCUCGAGUCGGCCGGCUUCCGGCGCCGGUCUACGAACCGUCCAGGUCAGGCGGCCAGGCGGCCACUGCUAUGCACUUCAGAUUUGAAAGCGACGGGCCAGGUUGGAGCCACAAUUCCCUGGGGUUCCGCGUUCUCCGGCGGUCGUCUGGGUGCUCCUUCCUCCGGGCGGUAAGGUGCUGCCGCCAUCUUCUUUUCUUCUUGCUUUGCACUGACGGAGACCAGGCACGCACAGGGGUCCAGCGCCGCCGUCCUCCUAGCUUGCUGUUGGCCGUUUGUGGCGCGACGCUUCAGGCUGGCGACCGGGCUUCAGUGGCUGCAGGGCCCUUCUGGGUGAACGCCCGUCAAUGCGGGACCCUUGCAAACUUAGAACCUUGACCUUCUAUCAGGCUGGCGACUCCCCAGUCCACUGUACAUCCGUGGCUGCCCGGGUGUCGUCCUGAACUCCGGCAGAUCUGGUACGUGGGUCUGGAAUCCAACUGUCCGGCGCAACCUGCAUGGAUUGGUGGCCAAGCACAGGGUCAGCGUCUGCAUCACAGGUCGGGUUACCUGCCUCACCGGACCCAUCAGCUCGUGGUCGUUCUGCACUGCUGACCGGCGGCCGGCAACGUCCCUGGCGGUUGCCUUCCCCAUUCUUGGAUACUUGAUCAACAUUUGAUUUUGAAGGAUGGUACUAUGAUUCUUUACCUAUUGGCCGAGCCCUUCAUCUCAUGAUCGUGUGGGAAAGCAGAGCUUUUAGGAUGAAUGAGGCCCCAAGGUUGGAUGCUCUCUUACAACCCAUAAUUUCCUUUCUGUAGCCUGUAGGUCGGGUGAUUGUGCCUUGCUGGUUGUGGUCUGAUGCCAUCGUCUUGUGUGGGCUGGACGCGCCGGGAACAUUGAUCGAUAAUGGUGAAAACCCUAUCUCCCAUGUACUCCAUAUGGGAGCUUCGUGAAGAGGAGAAUCGACAAGAGAGAGGCUGACCUCACCCUUACCGAUUCACUUUCGUUUUUUUUAAUAUUCUGAUGAUAAUUUUCUGUUGUUUGUAGGGUCUCAACGCUCGGGAUGACCUGCUGAAGAUUUUGUUCACGGCGGCAAGCACCAAGGCAAUUGCGGGUUCUCAUGCCCUCACGGAGAUCCCCGAACGUGUGAAGGAUCAUGAGGACGAGAGAGCCCCACGGCGGGGAGCCUACCUUCAAGUUCGAACUUCGAAGCAUGUAAGGCGGCAAGCGCCCCUAUCGCGGAAACGGCGGUCAAGGCUUUCCCUCAGGAGUGCCCAACAAUGUAAGUUGAUUGCGACAUAGUACUUGGGCGUUAGUCGCCAGUUGAUGGUGGCGUAGUACCUGAGAGACGGCCAAGAGUGGACUGACCAUGGCGAUGACUAAGUUGACUUUCAGAUUCUGGGAGAGUUCCUUAAGCUUUCUAGUAAUUCCCGUGUCUGGAUCAUUGUACUUGAUGACCAUGGGAACAUCCGGCCAUGAUUGUUGCACCCUUUUUUUUGUAGCUUGUAGCCACCAUAUGUAAAAU